GGCACGUUGGCGGGGUAAGGUUCUUUUCGCAUGUGACUCCCAGCAGCGCGUUUUGUAGUUUCUACUGUUUAGAAGACUCUGAGUCCUAACAGCAGUGUUACCAUAGUUUUCGGCAGGCUUUUAUCAUUUCCUAAACAAUGAAUACAGAAGACAGCUAUGAUGCUUUGGAUCCAGAAAAACUAAUGCAGUGCCCCUAUGACAAAAAUCACCAAAUCAGGGCUUGUAGGUUUCCCUACCACCUUGUCAAGUGUCGUAAGAACCAUCCUGGGAUUGUGGAACAGCUGGUCACUUGCCCAUUUAAUGCUCGUCAUCAGGUGCCCAGGGACGAGAUCAGCCAACACAUAUCAAGCUGUGAUGACAAACGAUGCAUUGAGCAGGACAUCGCAAGUCAAGCAGAGAAUAAAAGAAAAGUGAAUGUGAUAAGUUCAUGGCAAUCUCCUCCAUGUGAAGAAGAUUGGGACAAAGAUAUAGCAGACCAAUCAGACUCUACCUUUGUUUGGGGCACAGGCUGCUAUGCAGUGAACAGUCCAAGAUCCAACCCAAUAAUAGGACAUAGGAGCCAUCUAGCUUCAGGCCUGCGAGCUCCUAGAACUUUGCCUUUCGUUCUGCCAUGGAAGAACUAUGCUGAAAAUUGAAGGCCAUGGCAAAAGCUGUUCCUUCCAUUGGCUCUCAAGUAUUCAUUAUCUAUUCUCAGAAAGAUUGAAAUGCCAGAAAGACACUGAUGCCAAGCUGUUUUCUUGUUUGAGGUUGUAAAACUAAAAGAAUUCAAGUUCUUAACUGCAUAUGGGUUAACAAUAUAGUUGCCAACAGCAUAUUGCUUAAUUGUUACUAUGAAUAUAGAAGUUCACUCCUAAAAGGCUAGUAAAACAAAUAAACUUGGUAUAAAAGCAAUGAUGAAGAGUAAGAGAAAUUUCCAGACCAUGAAAAUGGUUUACUGUAAGAUUUUAGGACUCUGUAACUUUCUAGAUGUUGAGGUAUAAUUCCUAGCAUUUGUUACCAUCGGCAAUACCAGCUGCAGUUCCCAAAAAUUGGAAUCCAUCAAUAUUUGGAAAACACAUAUUUUCCACCCAGUUAAAUGUCUUGAUAUGACGAGUCAUGAUUCAUCCCCAUUUCCAAGAUGAUAGAUCUGUUUCUUAGCACACAAAUCUGAUGCUGCAAUUCAGUUUUCUGAAUGAUUUAUGACAUAUUUUUAAGGCCCAGUUUUAUUUUAUAGAGUCAGGGAGUAUUGCAGAGAAGCCUUAUAGGGGAGAUGGAAAGCAUUAAAAAAAUAACAUUGUUUUCUUGUAUUCUUUAUACCUUUGUAGAUGUAAAAAGAUGUAUUUUGGUAUGUUCAGAUAUACUUUGACAAAUGUAAUGGUCCCUCUUGCAAAUUUUGGGGUUUGUAUUUGGGGGGAAAUGACAAUAUCAGUUGCUUGAAUAAAGAUUUGCAGUUUACUUGAA